UAUCACCCCACCUCUCCCCGCCGAUCACAAACGCAGUUAAUCACCCUUCCUUACUCUUUCUCAACUAUAAAUUCCGUCUUUCUUUAUUUUUUUUCUUUUUUCUCUCCCUUCUUUCUUAACGGUCGGGAAUAAGCUUUCAAUGGAAAUCAAUGGCGACGACACCUCACCGCCGCCGUCACUCAGCCGAAAACUACGCCCUCAUUCGUUUACAGAUCGUUACAAUUUCAAAUCUACGCCAGUGCUCCGGGAAGAUUGCUGGUCGGAGGAAUCAACAAGCGCGCUUAUCGAAGCCUGGGGUUCUCAUCAUCUCUCUCUUAAUCGGGGAAAUCUCCGUCAACAUCAUUGGUCAGAAGUUGCUGCCGCCGUCAAUUCUUCCGGCGAAAAUCGCCGGCGAACAGACACCCAGUGCAAGAAUCGUAUCGAUACGUUGAAGAAGAAGUAUAAGAUCGAAAAAUCGAAGACCGUUGAUUCUUUCGGUAGUUACGUUAGUCCUUGGCCGUUUUUCUCCCGCCUUGAUUAUCUCAUUGCCGGUGUCAGUGAGGAUUCUGUAUCAUCCAGGAAAGUAUCACCCGAAACUCCGGUGCCGACAAAUUUUCCGGUAGCGCCAAGGUCGAUGAUUACUAGGAAGAGGACGUCGAUGGUUGAUGAUUCAUUUUUCCGGCGGAAUUUUGUGGAUGUUGUGGCGGCAGCGGCGAAGGUUGAGGAGGAGGAAGAGAGAGGAAGAGUGUCUUCAGAGCCCACGGGAACGUUUAGCGGCGUGACGAGAAGGGAACAAACUGAGAGGGAAGAGAAUGGAAGUUAUAAGGAUGGGUGUCGGCAAUUGGCGGAAGCGAUCAUGAGAUUCGGAGAGGUGUAUGAGAGAGUAGAAGCAGUGAAGCAGGAGCAAUUGAUUGAACUUGAAAAACAUAGGUUGGAAUUUGUUAAGGAUUUGGAGUAUCAAAGGAUGAAGUUGCUUAUGGAUACUCAGAUUCAGCUUGCUCGUAUUAAACGCUCUAAACACUCCGACGGCGCUGAUAGUUACUUGUAGCUUGUGCAUCCAAGGAGAAUGAGAAAAUGAAGCUAGCACUUUGUUAAUACUUCAUGUUAGGAAUUCUACAAUUUGCUCAGAUUGGCGACUGAAUCAACCUGGUAGAUACUGCAGAUGGUAGUUUACAUCAGAAUUCUGAUAAGUUUUAGGAUAAAUAUAGCCUUCGAAAGUGUAGUUAUAUCAAAAGUCCUUCUUUAUUAGAUUUACAUUUUGUUUUUGUUAAUUAAAGUUACUUUAGCCGAUAAACUCAGAAACCUACACAAAUUUACCAUGUCUAUCAACAGUCCGCCUUUGUUUCACUUUGAUAGCGUACUUCAAAUUCAAGUGGCUUGUUUGGAUCUCAAAGUUAUAACCAUAAGCUUGUACAGAAUCAUGAGUUGACUUAGUAUUCGAAAACUUUUCCUUCUAUUUUUGUAAUAAGGAUUCAAUUCGCACCAACUACACAAAGAGUAAUUCCCCUUCCCCUCUUCUUUGUAGGGGAUUCUCUUUACCUCCGAUUCAAACAAAAUUUGUUAUCUUGUUGUAAGUUUUGUUGAUAUCGAGUGAAGAUUGUCUAUGGUUUUCGUGGUCUCUUUUUCUUCCUUUGUGAAUUUUGGUUCGCAUUGUGAUUGCUGCACUAGUUGCUUAUACAUUAGGGCAGACUGCUCAUCUGUCGAAGCAAGCAUCAUAGUUGAGGAGAGGACGUUUACGGUCCCUUCGCUACACAACACGUUCAAAUGGUUAAGUUAAUGACUUAACGUUAAUGAAAUUUUCGUAUACUAACCGAUAAAAUAAAUCACAUGUUUGAGAAUGUAUUUUACGUCAUGAAUCAUGAUCAAUUAUGUUUUGUUACCUCUUACCUCUACCAAAGUACCAUUAUUUAUAUCAUUAUAAAACAAAUUGUGAAAACACAAUUAUUUAUAUGAGACAGUCUCACUGU